AUGGGCCUCGGAAUCAAUGAACCUGUCUCUACAGGCCAUGUGCCUGGCACUGUCUUGCUAGACCAGAAUGCUGCUCACUCCGAACAACAAACGGGCCGACUGAAGCACGGAACCGGAAAGAACUCGCACAUUGUGCUUGCUCCUCAACCAUCUGAGGAUCCUAACGACCCCUUGAAUUGGUCCUCAGUCAGGAAACACCUCAUACUAGCCAUCAUCUUCUUCGGUGUUAUUAUUCACGGAUGUGUUCCAUCUCCUCUCCUGAACGCUGGUGUUGUUGAAGUCGCCCUGGAUCUCAAGAGAAGUCCAACCGCAGUCGCACAAGUCUCUGGUUACAUGCUCCUUUGCACUGGCGCUUGCGGACCAUUUGUUUCGGCACUCGGUCGCAAGUAUGGCAAGCGCCCAGUCUAUGUCCUCUCGUCUAUCUUCGGCACCAUCGGAAUUCUAGUUUCGGAAUCAGCUUCUGGAUACAACACACUUCUUGCUGGUCGUAUCCUCCAAGGUGUUGGGCUCGCCGCCUAUGAAGCAAUUGCAAUCGCCUCGAUCGGAGAUUUGUUCUUCGUGCACGAGAGAGGACCUAGAGUUGCUGUGUGCAUGUUCCUCCUCGCCGCCAUCUCCAAUGGUGUGUCUAUUAUUGCCGGUGUGAUCACUGCAAACUUGGGCUGGCGAUACAACUUCUAUGUUUGUCUGCCGUUCGCAGCUCUCCAAACCAUUCUCAUCAUCAUUUUCUGCCCCGAGACACAAUACAAGCGCAGAGCCAUCUAUGAGAUCGACACCGCAGGCUCAGAGGAGAACCUUGAAAAGCUCGCAUCGGUCGAGAACCGUGCAGCAACACGCCACAUGGAAAACGUGCACAAGUCAGCGGACGUAGCUGCAAGUGAUAUCGAGAGAACUACGACUCUCACCUCGGUGGAGUCAGUACCUCCGAAGAAAUCAUUCCUGCAGGAGAUGAAUCUUUACUCGGGAGUCUACACAACCGACCCUCUCUGGAAGAUGGUUCUCGCAUCGGUCGCUAUCCUCUUGAAUAUUGCUUGCUUCUAUCAAAUCAUCAUGACCGGCAUCAUCAUUGCAUUCUACGUCGUGGUCGCCAUUACCUCUGGUGUUAUCUUUGCCUCGCCACCGUAUCUACUCGGUUCAGCAACCAUUGGCUACAUGUCGGCCGGUCCUCUCAUCGGAGGAUUUUUUGGCGCAGCAUUCCCAUUUCUGUGUGCCGAACCAUUUGCCAAAUAUCUGACGCGCAAGAAUAAGGGUGUCUAUGAGCCAGAGUUCCAUCUGAUUCCAGUCUUCACCAUUGGCUGUGCUUGCGCAGUUACUGGUCUUGCCGCGUGGGGUCGAGUUGUAGAGAACGGGGACUCAAUCUACCUUGUCUGCUUUCUGUGGGGUCUCAUGCUCUUUGGAAUGACAUCCAUUGCCUCUUGGUGUACUUCCUGGUCGUUGGAUGCAUUCAGACAACACAGCACCGAGCUGUUCAUCAUGAACAUGGUGUUCAAGAAUUUCUUCUUCUACGGCCUGACAAACUAUGUGAUCGACUGGUGGGCAACGCAUGGCGCUCUAGACAUGGCUGCCACAAUGGCAGGUAUUUGUGCCGGUCUCUGCCUCUUGGCUAUUCCAAUGUACAUGUUCGGCAAGAAAUAUCGCCUCUACUGGCACCACCACAACCUUCUCAAGAAGUUGCAUCUUGAGACGGAUCAGACCUUUGGCGAAGGUGGUCAUUAG